AUGGCCAGCUCUUCGAGUAAAAUCGAUGCACCUCAGCAGUACAAGCAGCCUUCAAGGAAGGGGAAAAAGGCUUGGCGCAAAAAUGUGGAUGUCUCUGAAGUCCAGGAAGGCCUCAGACUAGUUCGCGAGGAAGAAAUCCAAGGUGGCGUGAUAGCAGAGAAGCCGUCAGAAGAACUUUUCACGCUUGACACAAUAGGUGAUCAAACAUCGGCGAAAGUACAUCGGAAGGGACGCAAACCUCUUAAGGCAGAUGAGAUACUCGCACAGCGGUCGGCAAUUCCUGCAGUUGACAGUCGCAAGCGGACAAACUCCAAGGUUACUGAUGGAAUAAUUGAACCAAAAACAAAGAAGCAAAAGAGCGAUUGGGUUAGUAAUAAAGAGUGGCUUCGGCUCAAGCAGGUUGCGCAAGAGAACAAACCGGUUGCGAAAUCCGACGACAAUAUAGAUUAUGAUCCCUGGGGGGACUCUGUCGAUGUCUCGAAAUCAAAUUCGCAAUUUGAGUUUUUGCCAAAGACGAAGGAAAAGGUCGCCCCUAAAACCUUGCAAGAACCGCCAAUCUCCCUCGCUGCAAAUGGGAAGCAAAUCCCGUCUGUCAAGGUACCUGGAGGUGGGACCAGUUACAACCCAACCUUCGAGGAAUGGGACAACCUUCUUGUUAAGGAGGGAAACAAAGAGAUUGAGGCUGAAAAGAAGAGAAUUGAAGAGGCAAAGAAAGAAGCCGAGCGACAGCGCUUAAUUGCUGAGGCCCAGAAUGAUGACGGUGAAGUUAGGUCAGACGAUGAAAGUGCUUGGGAAGGGUUUGAGAGCGAAUACGAAAAGCCAGAAUGGCUGAAUAAGAAAAGACCUGAGCGAAAAUCUCAAUCUCAGCGAAACAAGAUCAAACGCCGAAAGGAAGCAGAAAGAAAGGCGAAAUGGGAAGCAAAGAUGAAGAAAAGAGAGGAGCAAGCACGAGACGUUAAGAGUAUUGCUGAACGCGUUGAAGAGGAGGAAGCACUUCGCAAACAAUUGAAGCAAGACGAUAGUUCCUCUGAUGAAGGUGAUGAUACCGUUCUGCGCAAGAAGCCUCUAGGCGGCAAAAACCUUGUCCCAGAAAAGCGCCUUGAAUUGGUGCUCCCCGAUGAAUUGCAAGAGUCAUUGCGCUUGUUGAAGCCUGAGGGAAACCUGCUGGAUGAUCGAUUCAGGACUCUUAUGGUUCAGGGGAAGCUUGAAUCUCGCAAGCCCGUCACACAACCCAAGAAAGCUAAGAGGAAGGCAACUGAGAAGUGGGCUUAUAAAGAUUUCCAAAUUCCUGGAUUUUUGCAUCUCUUAUCAAUCGGCUGCGUGAGAAAAGUUCCAUCACGCCUAAAGCUUCCAGGCAUGCAACCUCGCCAAUUUCGCCAUGGACCAACAACGAAUGCGUCGCGGUUGAAUAAAAUGGAGAUAAAAACUCUAUCUUCCAACUGGAAGAAGCUCAAAGUUACUCUCAAGGAUAGCGCGGCCCCGAAAGGCAAAAAGGACUCCUCCCAGUCACAGAAUGGUCUAAAGCGGAAAAGAAGUGAAACGGUGAUUGAAAAGAAAACAGACAGACCACGGAAGUUUUCCAGGGUCAAGAGCAUGACCGAUAUAGUCGAUAACAAGAGUUCAUGGCGGGAGCGACGUCAAUCAUUGAGAGACCCUGAAGAUUCGGUUGGCAGGAGUACUGCCGUCGCAGAAAAGAAACAGCCACGCAACGGACAAGUAAAUGAAGGAUUCAAUGAGGGUGCUGAAAUAGGAAAAUAUGUCGCUAUCGACUGUGAAAUGGUUGGGGUCGGCCCUGAUCCAGACAAGGAAUCGGCCCUUGCUCGCGUCAGUAUCGUCAAUUGGAAUGGCGACCAGAUUUACGACUCAUUCGUGAGGCCCAAAGAGGAGGUAACCGACUGGAGGACACAUGUGAGCGGCAUAGCACCUAAGCAUAUGAUCGAAGCCCGCUCCUUUGAAGAGGUACAAAAGGAUGUUGCCCAGAUAAUAGAUGGCACGAUUUUAAUUGGUCAUUCAAUCCGCAAUGAUAUGAACGCCUUGAUGCUCAGUCACCCGAAGCGUGACAUCCGUGACACGAGCAAGCAUCUUCCAUACCGAAAGAUUGCAGGUGGAGGUUCGCCGCGGUUGAAAUUGCUAGCAUCUGAGUUGCUCGGUUUGAAGAUCCAGGAAGGUGCUCAUUCUAGCGUGGAAGAUGCUAGAGCGACUAUGUUCCUGUUUCGCAGAGAUAAAGAAGCCUUUGAACGAGAGCAUGCGAAGAGGUUCCCUGUACGGGUGGUAGCCGCCUCAACAGAGGGAGACCAAGAUGCCAAAACGAAGAAGAAGAGGAAGCCGAAAAAGAAGACACGGAAGAGGUGA